AUGGUAACUCUUCCCGUCACCGGAAGACCCGACGAACAAGACAGUGCCAGACGAAGCCCUAUCAUUGACAGAAAUAGGCUGUUCGUUGGCUCAACUGUCCAAACUCACAAACGAAAAUUGUCAAGAAGAGGGGAAAAGAUUAGAAGGCGUUUUAGCAAAUGCAAGCUGUUAUCGAGUAGAACUGGUUCUGAUAAAGUACAUAAGAAGGUUUCUUCAUCAAGGUCCGAUGAAGACGUGGAACUUGAACAAAUUAUGAACAGGCGAUUGGAGACGAGUUUUGAGACCCCUGCAUUGGUGGUGGAAACUGAUGUUGACUCUAAUGUGAGCUCCUUAGGGGUUGUGAGUCAGCCACGCGAGGUCAGUGAUACCCCGAGUGACACGUCAUACCUCAGCGCUAAACACAUUAACUCUGCAAGGUCGUCGUCGGUGAGCUGGGGAGAAAACUCUGGUGAAGAGGCUGAGGGAGAGGGAGAAGAGGACGAUCUUGGGGAUCUUAUUCAGGUAUCACAAGUGAACUUUUCGGAAAAGGAUAAACUGCGGAAGCAAAGUCGUCCUGUUAAUGUCAAAGAACCACGGAAAUUUCAAAGAUCGCCAAGACCGCGUCACGCCAAACCAAACAGCCAAGCUCCACUUCCGCCAAUCGGGUCAAAGUUUAGCGAGACGGUUACAAGAUAUGGCGAGAGUGUUUCGAGACUCGGCGAGAUUGAUGACCGAGGGGACGAGGAGUCCAAAUCCCGCCAAGAAAUGAGAACCGAUCGGGUGAGACCGUGGAUGAAACCCGCGGCUCAAACUUUCAACCUUCCCAGACUACAAGCUGAAGCUGCCUUGGGUAUGACGUCAUCGCUAGCUGUCCAGGCGAGGGAGGACAUCAGCAGGGUGGUGUCAGAGAUUGAGAAGAUGCGCUGGAAUCAGGAACAGCAUGAAGAGAGGGUCCACACCUACGGCCACGACAACUUUAUGAACCCAAGGAUCGUCCUGGUGUCAUCCCGUCUGCCGCGAUGUCACUCUAUGAAGAAGGCUAUCAAGAAGGAUAAAAAUGUCACGUUUAUUGUUUACGACUUCGAGACAUGGUCAUUUGAAGAUAUUUUAAAUGCAGUAAAAAGUCGACUUGAUCAUUACCACAAGGGAUGCAAGAUGCACUCGUGUUUACUGCUGUGUGGGGGCGGAACUGGGUUCUGUUACCUGCUGAAGAACUAUGUCAUGACGCCCCAGAAACUACAGCGUACUGACUAUGCACCGGUCAUUGAAUUCUGGUCCAAGCUCGGGAACAUGAUCAGCAAACUGAGACCUGAGGAAGCUGCCAUUAAUGUGAUGGGAUGUUUCUUAGACGGAGACAAGCAAGGGAGAGAGGUGUUGGCAGUUAUAAGAAAAGCUGUACACCCAAACAUCGUGCGAGUGGACUCCCCGUCAGAACAUAUGGCAGAAGGUCGUCGGGCCCUGAACCAGUAUUUCGUAUAUCGGCGUUUUCUCUUGUGGAGGAGUUCCAAUGAUGAGGUUGUCGUUAAACUAGGUCAAGGGGAUCUGGACAGACAACGCACGUGGUCAGAACUAGCUGAAGAUGCGGACUCCGACAGUUGACGUGGCGCGUCUCACCACCACAGAGUCUAGUACCAGAACUACUUUCAUGAAAUGUUGUGAGAGGGGCCUUAACGAAAUACACUGGACCCCUGUUAAUCCGGACCGAACUCUGCCUUGUUAAAAUCGUCUUGAUGAGCGACACUUUGUGAUGUCCUGUUGAUUAUGUAUAGAAGUUGACAACGGUAAUUGUCUGAAAUGUUGAUGUCCUCAACUUACGGGGUCCUGACUAUCAAGGUUUCACUGUAUAGGAAAGUCUUGUGGUGAUCUCAUUGGCGUGUUUCAGUGGACUUACUCACGCUUUCAGAGAUAUUUUCUAGUUUUCUAGUUUUCAUUACAGAACUGAAAUAAUUUCGUAGAAUUUUAGAACUGAAAACUUUGCUAUUGGUGUCUGUCCCCGUUAGCCUUGAUGACAAGAUUUAUUGCAAAAGGAAAUCUUCUAUACCAGAACAACGGCUAAAAUGUUUCACUCUUAUGAGCAAUGAAGGGAAAUAACUCUAGCCUGGUUCUGUAAUGUGCCAUUACAUAGACACUAACAACCUACCUUGAGAUUAACCUGUAUAUCAUUGUCAUAGGUUAAAGGUCUUUGGAAACCUGUAUUUCACAUAGUUGUGUGUAUGCAAACAUUCACUUUUGUGUUAAGAAUGUGGAUUAACGAUUUAGUGAUAAAACAUUACUGGUCUAAUCGACACACACAAAUGUCUUAAUAAAUGUAAUAAAUUAAGGGGAUGUACAUAUAUUUAUAUAUUUAUCUACGUUGGUGUGCAAUUAUUGCAUGUAUAUUACACCUCUACGUGACUUGACGAGCAAUUUUCGUUGUGCUUAAUUGGCUGAACACAUAUUAUAUAUAAAUAAAUAUUUUCAACAUAUGA